UGAAGGUGUGCAUGGUCCAAGAAAACCAGAACUCGACCUGGAGGAACUGGGAUCGCAUUCCAACAUGAUUUCUAUUAGUUUUAAACUCAUACGGGCUGGAGGGGGCAUGUUACAAGCUUUGCACCGGCACCGUAGAGCGGUUUCCUGAGGAGUUAUUUUCUUUUUUUUGUGGUUUGGGCCAUUCUCUGGACAGGCAUGAAGACUCGACCAGCUGGAAUCGGAAAUGUCAACGCCGAUUGGAUGGGCUCGCUGCCCGCCAAGCUCAGUGCCAUGCCCCUCAAACACCUAGCGGUUCCAGGCUCCCAUGACUCUUUUACUUACUGGGUGGACGUGCGUGCUCCAGUAGGUCCUGAUCAAAAGGUCUAUGUCAAGUACCUGGCAACCAUGUUCAGUGUUUUAGCCAAGAAGGUGAUGGUGAAGUGGUCCAUGACACAGAACCUGACAUUUAAGGAGCAACUGGAUGCAGGAAUUCGCUACUUCGACCUCAGGGUCUCCUCCAAACCAGGCGAGCCAGGACAUGAGAUCUUCUUCAUCCAUGGUCUGUUUGGACACAAGGUGAGGGAUGGCCUCAUCGAAAUAAACUCCUUCUUAUGCCAGCACAGGAAAGAGGUGAUCUUCUUGGACUUCAACCACUACUACGCGAUGGGCCCGGAUCACCAUGUGUACCUUAUCAAGACGCUCCAGGAAGUGUUUGGUAGUAAGCUUUGUAAGAAUUGUGCCGUGGAGGCCAUCACUCUGGACUACCUCUGGGAGAGGAAAUACCAGGUAAUCGUUUUCUACCAUCAUCCAUCAGCUCAGGGUGUCCCUGUCAUGUGGCCUGGCAACAAGAUCCCUGCACCUUGGGCAAACACCACUGAACCCAGUAAGCUCAUCCAGUUCCUGGAAUCCACACUGAAGCAAAGAGCCCAGCAGGGAUCCUUUCACGUUUCCCAGGCCAUUCUUACACCCCGGGUCAACACUGUGGCGAGGGGUCUUGUUUGGGGUCUACGCAAUUACUUGGUGGAAAAAAACCUCCCAGCGAUCAUGUCCUGGGUGGAAAUUCAGAGGCCGGGCUCGGGCGGGGUCAACAUCAUCACCUCUGACUUUGUGGAGCUCACUGACUUUGCCAACAUUGUCAUCAAACUCAACAAACUGCUGUUGUCUGAACACGAGCACAAACCAAGAUGACAGCAGGACAAAGGUGUCCAAACUCAGACCACACAGUGUCCAUCACAUUGUCACGUUUCUCUUCUUGGAAUGCAACUAUAAGUACCUUUGUUUCAAUUAUUCUGAAGAUGUUUUGACUGAAAACAUUGUGAAGAUAUGAAUUUAACAAUGCAGUAAUCCCUCGUUUAUCGCAAUUCACUCGUUCCAGACCCCACCGUGAUAAGUAAAGUAAGAUUCCUUAUUUAUAAAUGGAGUUAAGAGCAUAAAAACCUUUUUAUGACCUUCUAAAUAGGUUUGUAACAUUAUUAGAGCCCUCAGGACAUGAAAUAGCACCCUUAUAGUCACCUUUACCCUCGUAUUACCCAAUAUAGUACACAUAAGAACAGAAAAUAAGCCAUUUAAGACAUAAAUAAGACUCGUGUGUGUUACUGUAAAUGUGGUUACGGUGCUAGGGCAGCUGAAGUGACGUUGGGGGUUCAGAGUUGAGUUUUAGCUCGGCGUGGGCUACAGCUAGCUACAGUAGCCCGUGUUAGGCUUUACUGUGCUUGUUGGGAGAUCAUUCAAACCUGCAAUAGAAGCCCGUUGUUCCGACAUCUAGUGACCAGUGUAGAAAACUACAUAUCAUCACAGCGUCUUUGAAUGCGUCUUCUGAAUGCCUUACAUUUGUAUUUUAGUUCAUUUAUUUAGCCAUUUUUAUGCUUGAAAAUGCUUAAAGUGCUCUUGACAUCAACAAAUGUUUGGAAAAAACAAGAACAAAAUCAAAGUACUCACUUAAUAAAACAUUUUUUGUCAUACUGCUGUCAUAGAUAAAUAAACAACUAUGAAAUAGGAGUGGAAUGAAGUAGUUAUUUUGACACAAUUUGGACACACACCUCAGCGACAACCAUCAUCUUGGUUUUGACAUCACACCCUGAACCCUUUCGGCUGUCAGUCCAGCCAUGGAGCAGCAACAGAGUGAUGGAAGACAUCUGACAUUUCAGAUUGUUCUUCGGUAGUUGAAGACUUUUUUUGAAGUAGAAGAAAAUGAACAAGCUUACCCCUUCUGCUCGUGCGUUUGAGCAAAAGCCUGCCACGCGACGCUCAGGCAUAAUAUCAAAAAAUAUGACUCACAACAACAGAAAUUCCACCAAAAAUGAGCCACCCCGACACAAAAACAAUUGAAGCAAUGGAGGGUGCGUCCCGGGUGUGACAUCACUUCUGCAUUCUGCUAAAGAAUACAGAAAGAGACCGUUUUUAGUGACAAAAACUUAACAAAAGUCAACAUCCGAGCACACAUCUAACAUCGGAAAUAUGUUAGAUGUUUUGGUGUCAUGAGCACUUUAAUUUAGGCACAAAAAUAUGUAAAACUUCCUUAAAUAUGCACAGUUUUUGACAAAAAUAAGCCGUACUCAACCACAAAAGGUCAUGAUUUAUAUUUUAAUAUAGCUUUGAAAAACCGUGAUAGAGCAAAUUGGAAGCAUGGAGUAGCGAGGGAUUACUGUAUGUUUAUUAUUGUGGUUGUUGUUUGCAGUGGUGUCAAAGGUCACCUCAUCAAACUGAGGGGUUGUUUCUAUUUUUUCUUAACCUUCUUUUGAAGGUAUCCUAACCAAAACACCAUUUUGCACACCAUUUUGUAUUGUACAGGUGUGCCUAAUGUUGAGGCCAGUGAGUGUAUUAUGGCUGUGGAUAAUAUUCAAGUCAUUAAUAGUUAAGAAUUGUGGAUUGGAGUGCACUACUGGGCUGCAACCAGCAGAGGCACUGUUCAUUAAGUCUCAACGUGUAGAAGAUAUGUCAGCUAUGGCAAAACAUCAGCUAUUGGAAUUUGCGUGACGGUACAUCUCCAGUAUGACACAGUAAGAGAGUCUCCCAUUUAGUUAUGACUUAGUUGACCAAAUAAUUUUAACGUUUGUUCAAAAAUAGUGGUGAAAAGAAACAUUUAGAGGCUGUUUACCACCUAAUUUAAACAUCAUAAAUUGCUUGCCUGCCUUUGAGCUAAAGUUGGACUUUCUACUGUGCAAAUAAAAUAGAUUAUAGCCAACUGUGGCUUUGCUAUAGUUAAACAAGAGGUGCAAACAGUUACACCUUCAGGGGAGAAAUGUGCAGUUAGGUUGACCACAAUUCACAUAAAGCACAUGGCAGCUGUUAUACAGUAUAGGGACUCUAAGGUAAAUAUUUGACACGACAAUAAUAUCUGUAUAUAGAAUGGCAAAAAAACGUUCUAGAAUGUUUGUAUGUGUUUAUCUACAGUAUGUUGGCUGAGUGAUUGCUGCUUAUUUCAUAUAGUGUCUUCAUUCCUGCGGUUCGAGCAGGGGAAAGGAGAAAGAAAUAAAAGAUUUACCUUGAGGGGCAGUUCUCAACAGCUGUUUUUCCUCAUAGUUGAAAGAACAUUCCUAAUGUUGGUGCUUUGAUACCAACUCUGCCCCUUCUCUCUCUUGACUCCCUCCCUUCUCCUUGUCUUUCAAAAGCCAGCUGAGCGCGGUCAUCAAAGUCACGAGCACAAGCACUUUAAUUGUGGCGUAAAUUACACAUUCCACAACAGGCAAGUGGGAGCGCAAGAGGAGCAGCUCAGACUGAUGGAGAGCAUUCCUCGCUUGUUUGCAUUGGUCCUUGCGCGCUCUUCUUGUUUUUUCCACAGUGCAUCUGCCAACUCCCCAUGUUUCAAAGGAGCAUGAGGUCCCAUGUUAAUGUUCGGUGCAA